AUGAAAGAUCUUGGCGUAGAGACUUGGAUCGGCCACGGAACUUUACUCGGAUGGUAUUGGAACCAGAGGGUCCUACCCUGGGACAAUGAUAUUGAUGUCCAGAUGACGAUGGAGACACUAUCCCGGUUGGCUGCUCGCAAUAUGAGCGAGUAUCACUAUCCAGCAGGAUCUGCUGAUCAGGACACGCCAAGGACGUACCUUCUAGAGAUCAACCCGCAUUACAGGACAGUGUCAACCCGGGACGUUGCCAACAAAAUUGACGGUCGCUGGAUCGACACCACGAAUGGGAAGUAUAUAGAUAUCACAGCCGUGCACGUCAGCGCGGGCAAAGCGGAGCAUACGCCAUUCGACCAGGGCGUUCUCUUCUCCAAAGAGGGUCAUCGCUAUUUGAGUCAGGAGCUGUUCCCCUUGCAGAACGAGAGUUUCGAAGGCAUUGCCGUGAGAGUACCGCGCAAAUCAGCUAAGAUUCUUUCUGAGGAGUAUGGCGAGAAGUCUCUUACUAACACGCGCUUUCACUGGCAUCGUUUCAACAAGACUUCCAAAAUCUGGGAACCCGAGUAG